GACGGCUGGCAGUGGCUUGGUGCUUACGAGUUUGGAGUGUGUGGAGGCUGGUGUAAGAAAAGGACGAAUUUGGCGGCGGCGAGAGGAUGAGGAGGAGAUAGACGGUGAGACCGGUUGAGGAUAAAAUUGUCUUUUCACUAUUGAAGAAUAUAAACUGACCUGGAACCAGCAAUCUCCUCUUUCUCGCGCAUAAGCUCUCUCCCUCUCCUCUUUCAUGAAUUCACACUAAAAAUUGGUAUCCUCCCUUUCUCAUCUUUACCUACUGUUGGAAUCUCUUUCUUCUAAUAUCAUAAUCAUCAUCAUCAUCAGUUUUGAUUGAACCGGAGUAUACGCUAGGAUGCUUUCCUUCUCCUGCUGUUUCUGAAGUCGAUCCGUCUGCUGCUUGGGGUUUACCUGAUGACUUUCCUUCUCUUUGGGUUUACUGCAAGUUUUGAUAUAUGGGUCUUGCUUAAUCGUUCGUGAGAUUGAGGUUGCAGUUGUAUCAAAUCCAUCCCAGAUUGAAAUUACUUCUUAUCUUACUCUAUUCCUCUCGGAAAUUUUGGAUUUUGCCUGCUCUUUUUCCUGCAAAAUUGAUCAUAUAGGUGAGCAGAUGAUAGAGUGGAUCAAUAAGCGGAUUUAAGAUAGAUGUUCCACGAAUUUUCUGCCGAUCCUCGCUGAUCCGCUAGAGCUGCGGAUGGAGAAGGGAGGAUGGAUUAGGGCAACUAUCCACAAGCCAGAUUAGUGGAAAGCAAAUCUUUGAAAAUUAUUAAUAAUUAUUUCGAUAUAUAUGGGCUGAGUUGGGAGUUUCAUGGGAGUUGUAGAGGAUAGUGAGCCACCCUUGAAACGAGUGAAAGGGCUUGUAGGAGAGUCAAACAGCUUCUCAGAAAAUUCUUCUCUUAUAGAAUCUGCAAAUUGCUCUUUGGGAGACUUGAUGGCUAGGCCUUUGACCUCCCAAGGGGAUGAAGAAACAAUUGGUUCGAAAGGUGUAAUUAAAAAAUCAGAAUUCAUCAAGAUUAUAACUAGGGCGCUGUACUCACUUGGUUAUGAUAAAAGUGGGGCUCUUCUGGAGGAAGAAUCAGGGAUACCGUUGCAUUCAUCAGUGGUUACUUUGUUUAUGCAGCUAGUGAUGGAUGGAAAAUGGGAUGAAAGUGUUGCUACAUUGCACAUGAUUGAUCUUUCUGAUGAAACAAUUGUGAAAUCCGCGUCUUUCUUAUUACUAGAGCAGAAGUUCUUUGAGCUUCUGAAAAUGGAAAAGCUGACUGCUGCUUUAGAUACUUUAAGAAAUGAGAUUGUGCCUCUUCAUGUCAAUAUGAAACGUGUUCAUGAGCUUGCAUCCUGCCUUAUCUCACCUUCACUGUGUUUAAUGCUUGCAAGUUCUGGUCAAGAUACUGAGGGUGCAAAGUCAAGGUCAAAAAUUCUUGACAAACUGCAAAAAUUGCUUCCUGCUUCAGUCAUGAUUCCUGAAAAAAGGUUAGAACAUUUAGUUGAAAAGGCUCUUGAUGUGCAACGAGAUGCUUGUGUGUUUCACAACACUUUGGAUAGUGAUCUCUCCUUGUACUCUGACCAUCAAUGUGGAAGAAACCAGAUUCCUUCUAAGACUGUACAGAUAUUGCAAGCGCAUAGCGAUGAAGUUUGGUUUUUGCAAUUCUCCCAUAAUGGAAAAUAUCUGGCAUCUUCGUCAAAGGAUCAAUCUGCCAUUAUAUGGGAGGUAAAUUUUUCUUAGCCAUUUUUGUUUAAAAUUUUUAGCCUUGCCUUACCAUGUCUGUUCACCUCUGUUAAACGUUAAAUGCCAAAAAGAUUUAAUGAUGUUCUAUAAAAUCCUUUAAUGUUCUCUGAUAUCUUUUUAUGUAUUGAAGCUAGAUAAUUAAAUGAAAUGGUCCUUUGGUAGCUAAAUUGAUUUAGAAGAUCCUUUAAGUUACGUAGUAAUAGAUACUUGAACAAACUUUAUAUUGUGGAAUCGUAUUUGAGUAUUUGACAAUGGAUUUUUUUACCUUGCCAUAAAAGAUAAUGCUUCUUUAGCAACCUUACAUUUGUCUAAUCAAAUCCAAUUGACUUCUCAUAUGUUCUUGUGAAGGAUCCUCCCUUCACUAAUGAGGAAAUCCUGGUGGAAUUCGUGUGAAAUUGAACAUAAUUUUAUAAUGAAACAGCUUUUGGUAAGAGAUAAAAAAACAUGAUGAACAUGGUUCGAUUGAAUAGUUAACCAAGUUCCUUUUUUUUUGGAAGAAAACAUCAACUUCAAUUGUUCAGCAAUUGAUUGUGUUUCACCUUCAGUUUAGGAAAGACAAUUAAAUCAAUUCCUAGCAUUGCGAAUAGGAUCAACUAAAUCAUAAACACAAAGAAACUCAAGACAUAUAUGGGGACUGUUUAGUGGCAUUAGACUAAAAAGUUUUUACUUUCUGUAUUUAUUUUCUUACAAGGUAUUUUUAGUGUUGAGGUUCCUAAGCAAUGGUUUUUAGCUCAUGUUAUUCUCUCUCUAAAAUUCUCUCUACUCUCUGAAUUUUCUUUCUCAAAGCAAUAACUUUUUCCCUAUUAUUUCCUUUUCUAUCCUAUUUACACUUAGUCAACAUAACUGCGUGGAUUCUUUCGCCAUGGUCGACCGGUCCUCUUAGUCCGGGGUGAAAAUUAGCCCUAGUGAGAUCUAGUGUUUGUCAUUUAGUUCGUUAAGGGGUUGGUUUUCGCUAGCUAGAAUGGUUGUUGGAAAAUGUAGGUUUUUGAAGAUAGGAGGCAAGUCGUUUGAUGUGGUGGCAGAAGGGCAGGGUUUAAGGAUUUUCGAGAAUGGUAGGGGCUUUCAAAAAUCAAUCUUCUAUAGCAAAGACGAGGUAGAGUGGGGCUGAGGGAAUGCUUUAGACAAUUCCAUUGGGAGAAAGGGGGAGAAUCAUGAAGCAGGAAUCGAGGCAGUAAAGAUCACAUCAUGUGGAGGGCGUUGAGCGGAAAUGGAAAAGGUAUUUUCAUUGUUCUUUCUCGUAUGAUGAGGAGACAAAAGGGCAAAUGUACCCGUAUUUUCAUCCUGGAGGGUGAAAUAGGAAAUGGAUGGUGGCAGAUGAUGGGGGCAAUAUACAAGGUAAACGAUGUCGAACUAGUAGCACCGAACUGAGUGAAAAAGAAGGAUAAAAAGAUCAUUCCACCCAACUUCCCAGCCAUUAUUGCUAGUCAAAACGCUUUGUUUAUUGAAAACAGAUGCCCAUGUUGUAACACGGAGUUGGUGGUUUGUCUGGGUAGAAAGAAAAGUGAGUCUUUCAUGAAAAUCCUUCAAACUGAUCCCCAAACCCUAAACCGGGUGAAGACAAAAACACCCAAACCGGCUCCUCAACCCAGCCAUUUCAAAUUUCAAAGUGCCCAAUUGCUCCAAAUCAAGGCGGGAGAGACCCAAAACAAUCUGGGCAGAAAUGACACUCUUUCAAGUCAUUCUACACUAAAAGGAAAGCCAAGUGUGGGCUCUUUGUUGAGGGAAAGGAAAAUCGCAAAUAUUGGGCCAAAGUCAGGUUGCAAGUUCACUUGGGCUGAAAGGGGUAAAUGGGCGAUUGAUGCGGAUUAGGCUGGCCCAUCCAACAGGCCCUAUUUAAAUGGUUGACUGAGACGGGUUGUAGCCAAUCCAUUCAAGCUGGUGGAAUAGUUAAAAGGAAAAAUGGAAGAAUUCACAAGGUUCGUGCCCAAAAAGAGAAAAUCCUGGCUGAGAAAGAACCUUUGGGAAAUCUACAGCAUCCAGGCGGAGAGAAAGAUUUGUUGGAAACGAUUAUUAGUUCGGCCAGUCGACGAAGAAGCAAACUUGACAAUUGCUUGUUCGAGCGAGUUGGAGAUGAUGGGUUUCGUGAGAAGGGAAGAAGUGUAUGAGGAAGAAAUUCCGUCUAACUUGAUGAUAAGUGAUGUAGCUCGUGAAUUGGGGGGAAGUAAUGAUUAUUGCUAUUCGAGCUCUUUCUUCUUCGAAGAUGAACAACUUCAUCAGAUGCAGUUAGUUGAUGUCCUGACAGAGAGGCCUUACAUGAACAGUGAAAGGGACAGAGAGAAUAAUCUUCUCCAAGUGACUCUUGAAGUUAGAGAGGCCUCCAACACAAGGGAAAAGAAGUUUGCUGCUGAUGUGAUGCUUUCGGAUGAUAGUUCUACUUGGGUUCUUGAGAAUGUCCAGAGAUUAAAUGUAAUAGUUGGUGUGGUUUUAAGGGUCUUGAAAAUAGAGCUAUGGAGCUUUUCAGAGAUAUUGAGAGAAGUUGUAUAGAAAAAGAAAGAACUAAGGCAGGGAAAAACAAGGGGAA